AUGGCUGGCAGGCCCGGGACUGCAAGAAGCGAAAUCUCCUCCGCUAUAUCAGACGACGGCAUCGCCCCCAGAGCAGAACCCGAGAACCGACAGGACCAACCCGCGUUGCCCAACCCAUCCGCCGCCCAGCAUGGCUUCUCCCACCUCCGAGGCGUCACACAACCGACGAAUCGAACCAUACGGAACCCGCCGCCACCACCGUCAAGCACUGCAGGUUCCAGUCGUCCUCAGAGCCCAGCAGUGUCCACCGUCAGCAGGACGCAUGUGCCGUCACUGACGGCCCAGGGCUUUCACCGACCCAUGAGCUCUCAAAAGCUGCAGGCCCAGCGCUUCAGACGACCAAAUACGGGAGUUCAGCCGCCAGCCGCGAUUCCGGACAACGAGAAUGAAGAAUAUGCCGAUGAUGAAAGUGUUGCCUCGAGUCGAGCUCCUAUGCCAAAAGGCCAUCGACCCUUUCAAUCGAUAACCACUGACUACACACACUCCGAGGGCCCCGAACCGUACGAGACCACUUCUCAUGAUUAUCAGUCGCAUCAGGAAGGUGAUGUCGGGCUGGUGGACGGGUCCAGAAAGGUUGUCCAGCGUCCCAUGCACUUGAACCUGUCGGCCGGGCAAGGAACAGCAGACGCGCCACAAAAGUCACCGCUGUCGUUUCGAUCCGGUUUGAGUCUUGCGAGUAAAGGUCGCAUGGAGCCCGGCCAUCAGCAUUUGUCUUCGAAUGCCACAUCACCACGACAUCCACCAGAGCGGCAGUCCAAAUCAGGUUCAGGGACUGGGAAGAAUCACGAAUACUUCCAGGGCAACACCGUCUUUUGGUGGGGCGGUCGCAUGCAAAAUGCACGCGAUCGGCCUGUCAACAUCGCGACUGGAAUCUUCCUCGUUCUUCCUGCGAUACUUUUCUUCGUCUAUUCUGCCUCAUAUCUCUGGCACCAUGUAUCACCAGCGAUACCCAUCAUCUUCGCCUACAUUUUUUUCGUUUGUCUUUCCUCGUUCAUCCACGCUUCUCUUGUGGACCCUGGAAUCUUUCCUCGGAAUGUACAUCCUUUUCCGCCCCCAGAGAAAGAGGAUCCUCUUGCGAUCGGACCACCCACGAAUGACUGGGUCAUGGUCCGUCUGGCGACCUCCGAGACAGCGGCUAUGGACGUUCCAGUCAAAUACUGCAAGACGUGCAACAUCUGGCGCCCUCCUCGGUGCUAUCACUGCAGAGUCUGCGACAACUGCGUAGAAACACUGGAUCACCAUUGCGUGUGGCUCAAUAAUUGUGUUGGGAGACGCAACUACCGAUACUUCUUCAGCUUUGUGGCCACAGCCACGUUUCUUGGGCUUUUCCUCGCGUUUGGUAGCUUGGGCCACUGUAUCUCAUACAGUAAUCGGGAAGAUGUGUCAUUCAGCAAAGCGAUCAACGACAAUCGCAUUCCUUUUGCGAUGUUCAUAUAUGGCAUUUUGGCGUUUCCGCGAUUUCCGAAGUCAGAGCGGCAUCGUCCUUUCACACAAGGCAACUUCUUGAAGAAUUGGCUGGCCGUGCUUGGUCGACCACGGCCUCCGACAUAUUUGCAUUUCAAGAAGAGCUACGAGGAGGGUGACCAGCGAUUUGGAGACAGGCGUGGCCAGCGACAGGCGCCCUUGGUCCCGGACGCUCAGAAUGGGGGAAUGGAGAUGAAAACUGUAACACCACAGCAGCAGCGCGGAUUUGAAGGGCCGCACUCUAAGAAACUGGAGGCUCGGUAG